ACUGCUUGCAGGCAUCGUACAAAAGAACAAGCUUUACAUUCUUUUUAUGUUCUUUACUGUAGCAGUGUCUUCAAAAUUUCGUCAACCCGAGGGGCAUGAAUGCGCUAAACGGUACAAUGUUGUAAGACCAUCUUUUUAUCAAACGUGCUAUUUGUAAGAACUAAAAAACAGGGAGCUCCCAUAUAUCCCGCGUUUUAGCAAGGUGUACAGAUAUUCUGUAUAUGCACGGGCAUAGAAUUUGGAAUUUGUUAUCCUUCUACUGCCAUAAGAAUGGCGCAUUUGUUCUCCACGGAAAACAAAAACAGGCUCGGCCUACAAAAAUAAAGUUGCAUUUGCGCCAAAUCUGGCUGGCACCUGCAUUUUGACUACCUCUCGCCGAAACAGGACAGCGCUGCAAAAUGGCGACGGUUAUGACAGGAUACCGGGAUGUCGACGAAGCGUCAAACUAUCCCGGAUCGUCGUAUGCGCGGGCUCUCUCAGUUCGCAGUCCAUCGCUUCAUGAGCCACUGGAGGAGACCCCUCCUCCGAAAGGAUACAGCCGGAAGGAAAUGUUUGUUCUAGUCGUCUGCAGUUGCUCCAGUAUGUUUAUGCAUAUGGGACUUAGUACGAUUCCGCUUGUUCUUCCCAUUGAGAUUACGCGGAAAGGAGUACCCUACGAAUUUUGCGGAGCGAUAUUUUCCGUUUUUGCCAUAUCAAUUGUGAUACUGGAACCUUUUCAGGCUAAAAUCCUUCCUUGGAUCGGUACACGAAAUUCGUUUGUUUACAGUGCACUUCUUGGAGGAGUUUGCUAUGUUUCAUUUGCGAUGAUCGAUUUUGCAAACACCGUACCUGGAUUUGCUACUCCUGCUAUUAUAAUCCGUUUUGUGGAAGGUUUUUAUUACGCAGUGUUGAUUACCGCAUCGAACGUGAUCGUCUGCCUAACGUUUCCUGACCGCGCUAGCUUUGCAUUUGGCGUUCUGGAAGGAUUCGUGGGCGCUGGUUUCACACUGGGUCCGGCUCUUGGCGGUGUUUUGUUUAAAUUUUGUGGAUUUGUUGCUCCUUUUUUGUUGAUUGGCGCCUGCCUACUAGUGACGGCCGGUUUGGGAUAUUGUGCCCUGGAACAAAUCACUGGUUUGAAUCUGGCUGCAAGAAAAAAAGAGAAGAAAAGACUAAUCCGUGAUACUGCAUUUAUUGGGUGCUCGUUGUUAACCAUGGCUGCUGGAAUCGUUUGGGGAACGUUCGAAACCGCCCUGGAACCUUAUUUAGCCACUUAUGAGAAAGGUCCAUUAGUGGAGGGCUUAGUGUUUGCUAUCGCUUAUUUGGCAUAUGGUGCUAUGGCACCUUUGUGGGGGUUCAUCUUUCGCAAAGUGGAAAUGGAUUACCGGUGGAUCCUCGUUGGCCCUCUCGUGGUAGCCCUGUGUUGGAUGGUCCUUGGCCCUAUCCCUCCACUGUCUUUUAUAGGAAAGCGACUUUGGCUGGACACAGUCUGUCUAUUCGUGCUGAAUACGGCAAUCGCAUACAUUUUCGUGUUCAGUUUCGAUACGAUGCUUAAAAGAGCAAUAUUCUGCGGGAUGGAAGGAGACGUUGCAACAUAUGCCUUAGUAGUCGCUGGGUUUUUUUCUUCGAUAUACAUUGGAGAAGCAAUUGGUCCAAUAAUUGGUGGAUAUUUAACAGCUAAUAAAUCAUUUCAAGCGGUGGCCACAGUUGCUGUCUUCAUUCAGUUUGCGGCGUUUGCGCUUGGUGCAAUUAUUAUGCUGAUUGCAUGGAAUAAGAUAAUCAGGAGAUUACGGCGCAAACUGCACCAGAAAUUUCCUCGAUGGGUUUCGCCGCCUGAAGAUCCGUCAGUGGCACGGGAAUCCGGCGAAACCAGUCCACUCCAUUCGUCCAUAGCCGACGAAGAGGAAGAGUAUAUGAAUAUCUUUCAACCACCCACACCAUCGCGGAAGACCGGAGCUAUACGAUAUCUGCCUCCUAAAUCAUAUGGAAGCAUUUGCUAAUGGCAUUUAAUUUUUUGUUGAGCACAGUAAAAUUUACUACUUGUUAUUAAUCGUAAGUUAAAGUUUAUUUAAACUACAGUAGAACAGUAUACAGUAUAACCGCGUACGCACGUCCUAUCGCAUUUAAGUACAUGUUACGGUAAAUUGUCUCGAUUUUCCAGCAAAAUAACUCCACGCCACCCGUAUGUCAAUGUCAGAGCGCUAAAUCUGGAAG